CUUUGUAGUUGGGGCUGGGGCGCAACAGUUCAUGAGUCUGAUAUAUGAUCUGGCAUAACUUCAAUCCAUCACAACACCGUAGCAGGAUAAGGUACACAUUCAAGUUGCAAGGUUCUGGCUGAUUUGACUCAAAACUCCACGUAAAGGAAUCCCGAUGCACCGUUAGAAUCCAACCCAGAGUAUUUUAUGAGGAAAGGUAGUAGGGCACAACAACAUAAAAUCAAAAUAAAAAUGAUGCAUCACCCUAAACAAAGAAAUUGAACUACUAAACAAAAUGUAAGUGUCACCACAUCUGAAAAUCUAUACUGAUAAAAACAAAAAGCAAAGCAGGCUUUAACUAAUGGAAAAGUGAAAGUAAACAGAGAUAUGAAAAAGAAAGAGAAAAUUCAUCAAAAUAAAACACAACAAAUUUGGAAUAUGAAAUCAAAUAAAUUGGAAAUAUUGUUUCUAGCUAUCUAUACAGUCAUAUUCUCAUCAGACCCCUCAAAGUAAAUGAGUUGAGGGUGGGCUAUUUAAGAUGGAAACACAGGGUUUAAUAUUAUGGUUGUGCACAACUCGGACGGUACGGAAUGAGAGAAGUUGGGUGAGCUAGGAAGGUUGGGUAGAUUCAGAUGAUGAGGCGAAGAAUAAUUGAGAAGCUCCAACUGAAGAUUGAGGUUAAAACCUGCGGUAAUAAUUUUGCUUUCGGUGUUUAGGGAUUCAUCGAGAGAAGAGGAAAGCAGGUGGGGAGGAAAGGAAGAAAAAGAAACUAUAGUAGUCCAGAUGCGUAUAAGUCAAAACGCACUGUGGAAUUUAAUUUUGGCAAUUCCCUUCAAUGCCCUUCCGGGAAACACUCCCAGGGCUGCAAUUUUGAAAUGGAGAGUUUCAGAUGCUUUAAAACGUAUUAUAUAUUCUCUAGAUUCAAUACUAAUUUAUUCCCUAUUUUGUCUUUGUAAACACAAUAUUUUUCAAUUAUUUCUAUUAAUAAUUGUCAAUUAUUUGUAGACAAGUAUUUGUUACUAUUUUGGAGAUCGUUUUUAAAUAUAGGUUAUGUUUGGUUGUAAAAUUAUAUAUAUUUGAAACCAUUAAAUUUUAUAAAAAAACAUAAAUUAGCGUUUAAAAUAAAAGGUAUUGUUAUAUUUUGGCCAAUAAAAAAAUGCGUUCCAUGUUGAAUAUAACAUAAUUUUUUUAUUAUCCAGGACCUCAGUCCCACGUGUCACGUUGUGAAAACGGAGCCUACUAAAUUUUAGGGCCACCUGCAAUCAAUUUGACACCAACGAGACUUCGCCUCUAACUUCGACUAUUACACUGACUUUUACUUUGGAUAGCGUGCACCCCCCCCCCCCCACCCCAGCAGCCUUGUACCUCCGAGAACACCAAUGGACCUCGCUUGGAUUUGAAACUAGGAUCUGCAACUUCUAAUCCUUCACUGUCGUGACAGAUUUACGGUUAGGCUAUCUUACGUUUGGUUGACUUUUUAGGAUACUAAACAAGAAAUAAAGCAUAUUACACAAAUUACACAUUUAAAAAAGCUCAUCUAUAAGUUAUUUUUACAAAACAUUAAAUUAAAAAAAAUGCUUACCUUGUCAAACAUUUAUCUUUGACCAAAUCACUAAUUUUGUAAAUACAGGCAGCAGUCUAGUCCUAGAUACAUGCUCCCUUCCCUUUAACAACCAAUUAGACCCUGCCUACAUAGCUCUUAGGACUAGAGCGGCCCCUGCAAGAUGAUAGAAAAUAGGCCCACUAACGGGUGGUCUCGUGGCCCAAUUCCAGGUCCACAGGUAACCUACAGCCGGCCCCCCUAAUUAACAAAUCAAAUCAGCCCUGCGGCCCUGCUUGUAAUGUCUGGUUUAAUCUGUAGCAAAGCAAACCCAGGCACAGGCAGCAUGAAUCUUAUCAUUCGUUACACUUGUCAUCAUUUCACUUUUAAAACUUGUCAUUAUUGCAGUGUUACAAUUUCAAUCAACUUAUUGACUUUAGAGAAGAGAGAAAAUGACGAAUUCACGCAGGCCCAAGAGCGAGCGAGCGAGCCCACACCGUACUUUUUGGAUGAAGAAUCGUCUUAUCAGCCCGCCUUAAAUGAGAACGAAUCCGACGGCUUACAGGACUCCAGGAUGUUCAUCGAGAGCGAACUGGAGACGUCGAUUCUCACACCAGCGCAAUAAUUACGGUAGCAGCAGCACAACGUCCACGCUGGCAAGGGAAAAGGGGUAAAGCAAAACACAAAAAAGAGGUGUCGUGUGGUGGGGGCAAUCGUCCGACGUGGCGGACACGUCAGUCGUCAGAAGAUCACAUCCAACGGCUGAGAAAAAGCAGCGAUUAGAGACCGUCGAUUGUGGGCCUCGCCGUGGUCGUCCCCGGAUGACGUGACGUGAGGAUAGAAACUGCUGUAUAUAUAUUGCAGGAAAGAGAAAGAGAAAGAGAGAGAGAGUUUAAUUCUGCAGAGCAAAAGGUUGGGAUUUUCAGUCUUAUUUGAGAGCGACUCCAUUCUGCCAGAGUCAGAGCAACAGUUGAAAAAAUUGAGAAGUCAGUCCUCGCUCUGCUGCUGCUGCUGCUUCGUCUUCUUCUUUUUCUUCUUCAGGAUCCCAUUCCAUUUCCUCUGUAAUUUUCUUCUUUCUCGUUCGGCAAUGGCGGAAUAGGGAGGUGGGAAGUGAUUGGGAAGGGGAAUUUAUUAGGUUGAUAACGAAAUUGAUUAGGAAACUGAAUUGGGUGAUUUCAAUGGGAGGAGGGAGCGCCAUUAAUCAGCUGAAUGAGAGUUGUGGUUGAAGCUCUUUCCCUUUUUAUCAUCGCCACCACAAGGUGUUUCACGAGAGUGUGACGCUGAAACCGAUAGAGUGAGAAAGUAAGAGAGACUGAGAGAGAGAGAAAGGCGUCUCUCUCUCUUUUCACUUUUCUUCUCUCUCUCCUUCCUUACUUUUUUGUUUGAGAAGAGACGAGAGGCCGAUUGUCUUUCUUCCUUCUGCAAGGCCAUUUCCCCCUUUUGUCUGCUCCAUCUCUUUCGCUUUCUCUUUUCUUUUCACGAAGAGAACCUGAUUCUCCUCACCCAAGAGCAAAGGCCAUCACACUCUUCUAUCUUCUUCUUCUUCUUCUUCUUCUUCUUAAUUUUCGUCGUUUCGCUCACUCUCUAGAACUGAAGAUCGGACACUGAACUUGGAUUUUUCUUUUUCGUAGAGACCAAGCAGUUUGUUUUUGUCCUCACAAAACUUCUUCGCAUCCUCCUCUUCUGGAGUCAUAAUUACUCCCACCAUUAAAUUACCUUCCUCCUAUAAACCUCUACCUUCGCUGAACCGACGUUCUCGUUUCCUUCCUUCCUUGAUUCCUGCCGCAUUCUGCUGCUAAAUGCGCUUUCAUUAACUUGUGUUCAUUUAUUUAAACUCUGCUCUGCUCUUCUUCCGUUUCAUUUCAUCCGUCCUUGAGAAGAAAGGAGAAAAGGUUGAGAGAAAGAAGGAAAGAUCUGGCGGUUUUUGCUGGGUAACAUUCUCAGCCAUGGAAGCUGUUUCAACUAAGAAGAUGAAGAUGGAUUCUGGGUUUGGUUUGUUAUGAAAAUGAAGAUGACACGCGGAACGAGUCGGUUCGCGCGCCAGAUGAAUCCGCAGCAAUCUGCAGCUGGGGAAGAUUUAGUGGCGCCGGAGAAAUCGAAGAAGGGGAGGAUUAGGAGACUGAGCGCCGUUAACAGAGCCAGCAGCUCGAGUUUCGAGGAUUCUCCACCUUCGUUGAUUAUGGGAAAGAGGAAUAAUGGUAACGUGUGUGACAGAGAUGAGCAGCCACAACAGUUGCCUUCUUCUUCGUCUUCUCCUGCCAGUGGCAAUUCUAUCCACAGCAAGAGACUCAAGCUCCCUAGAAAGUUGCUUGAUGGCUGCAAUGGCGUCGGCCAUGUCGCUGUUCCAAGGAAGUUACGUUCAGCAAUGAAGAAACGAAGUAGAGAGUCUGUCUCUCCACCUCUUUCUGAUUCACAGAAGCUGAACCGUGCAACUUGUGGUGUCGAAGAAUCACGAAAAGGCAAUGGCUUCAAAAGAUCGAGACUUGACUUGGACAAUGGGCCGAUUACUAAAGAUGAGGAGGAAGUUGCUGAGGCUCUUUAUGCUCUGGCUGGAAUGUUCCCAGACAAUACCCUUACAGACAACAAGUCUAAAUUACAAAACGAUCCUCCAGAUGAAAAUACUACAGCCUUGAAGGAUGGUACUGAGGUUCUAGACCCUGCAAUUGGAGAAGAGAAUUUGAACUCCAUCUUGGGGUUGAGGGGCAAACUUCAGGAGGAAACAGCUGACAUUAGCUCUUGGGAGAUACCCCGAGUCCAGGAUCUUCCUGAUAUAUACAAUGGCAGAACUCUACCUGAGAAAAUUGUGAAUCUUGUUGGUCAAGUAAACAUGGACACUACUACUCUGGUGGCUGAAUCUGAGAAGGAAAAGAAGCUUGUCUGCAAUUCGACUAGUGCUCUCAUUCCACUCGAGUCAGUUCUUAAUACAGUAAACAAGAAGGUGCCAACCAAUCCAGAACAUUGGUUACUUGGCAGAACGAUAGAGGUUUCCUUGGAGCUGACCACUGCACAAGGGCUGCAACUGGAUAAGCAGCUUCCGGUCAAUGAACCAAAGAAAAAUGGUCUAGCUCUGUGGCCGGGAUUGUCAUCAGCAGCAUCAAAUGGUCCAUCUUCUAGUCACAGCCCUUCACUGCAAUGGUCUCCUGCUAAACUUCCUUCUUGGCUGGAUGCAGCGGUAUCUACUUCUAGGCUAGCAGCUUCCUCUUCGAAGGUCAGUGACAGAAGACCAUGGAGGAGAAGCAUGAUUCACGUUUGCAUAAGCCGUCUCAUACAGACUUUACAAACCUCAGAGGACAAAGACAGCAAUCCACCAGCUAGAGUCGAAUCCCAUGAGAUGUUGAAGCCAGGAUUAUCUAUGACGCUAAGUGACUUACAUGACACGAGGAAGGGUUUCACUGAAGUUUCCUCAACAAGUACAAGCGAAUCAGCUAGAGAAGGUAUCAGUCUGCAACCGAGGAUGAUUUGCUACAAUCAGUCACAACCCGCUCUCUUUCCUCUUGGCACGUACAGUUCUCAGAAGCAGCAGAACUUCAAUUUCAUGUCCUUUCUGCAAGCCAAUACAAGUUUCAAUGAAGCCACAGCAAAUCAGACUCAACUUCAUCCAACAACGACGUAUCUCGGCAGGCCACUGUAUGCUCCUCCUAACCUAACAACUCAGCAACUACUACUACAACACCAUCAGCAGCAGCAAGCACAAGUUCUUCAAUCACAGCUUAUGGUGGCAGCUCAGUACAGGUCAGCAGGAGCUUCUUCCCCUGCAGCACCAUCGCUGACACAUCGUUCCACUUGGCAGAACAGGAAGCAAGACCCAACAGCAGCCGGAGCAGCGAUAGCCAUGCCAUCAUAUGUUCGAGCCAUCAUCCCACCACACGAUCAUCAGCUUCACGUCAGAGUGAGAAGGCAAGGCGAUGCCUUUCCAUCAGGUUAUGAACAGGGUGGGGGAAGAGGCGGGUUUAGAACGAAUGGUGCAGCAGCAGCAGCAGCACUGCCCCUGCAACUACUCUGCGAUGAACGUAUAUGAGCAAAGAGGGUUGCUUCACCUGAUCACCAUUGUUUCAUUCAUUGUCAGUGUGAAACAAACGUUGGCCGCCCCACCGGAGGCGAUGAUUGAGAGGGCAAAAUUGGAAGGGAAAGGGUGAGAGAUGGGUUUCGGGCGAGGGAAAGCACUUCCUCUUGUACAGCCGUCUUGCAAGGAUGGCAGAGAAUUCACACAGCCAAAAACUAUAUAUAUGAAACAAAAUUUUGCAUUCACUGCUCUCUAUUCUCUCCAUGAUAGCCUGCUUCCUCGCAUCUCUCCAUUGCGCUCAAACUAGUAACUAAUGAAACUCUUUCUGUGCUAUUUGCACUUGUCAAACGUUUUAAUUUCAUACCUCAGGGCUCAGUCUCAGUCUUGGUUGAUGUUAACGGCCGGCCCUAACAUAGUCCGGUCCGGUGCACAACCGGAUUAAUUUGAAAUUGAAGGUUUCAUAGUUUUUUUAAUAGCAGAAGUGUAUUGGAUAAGAGUAUUCAAUUUAAGAAUUUAAGUAGAAGUGUAUUGGAUAAGAGUAUUCAAUUUAAGAAUUUAAGUAUACGUGAGUUCGAUGAAAAUGUUGAUUCCAAUUGAUUAGAUUAGAAACAAUAUGGAAUAAUAGCAAAAAUAUCCAAUGAUUCCAAUUGAUUAGAUUAGAAACAAUAUCGAAGAAUAGCAAAAAAAUCAUCAACACAAGAUAAUGGUGACUCAAAACAAAAUAUGAGAGUUGUGAUCAAUAACUUAACUCUAUAUGAGUUUAGCAUGAGUAAAAUUUGAUUCUUUCAAUUAAAUGUCUUAUGCAUGAGGUGAUGAUAUAAUAAGCCAAUGUUAACAAUUAACACUAGUAAGGCCAUGUUUGUUACUAUUUUAAAUUAUUGAGAGUAACUACAUAUCUAGGUGAGUAAGUUUUCAUUUUUUAAGAUAUUGGAGUAAACCAAAAUAUCACUUCAACACAACCUCAACCCUAAAUUGAUGAAAAGAUGAAGGCAAAUGGACAAAGAAAUCAAAUUUAGGUAUCGUU